AUGCGCAUAGCGGCGUUGCUCUGCCUCCUCGCGCUGGCAGGAGCGAAGGAAGGUUUUCAAUCAUGGGGUGGAACUUUUCGGUUUAGCAAGAUAGCAUGGAGGAGAGUGGUAGACAAUACAGUCACAUUCAAUCUAGAGGUUGCUUUCACAAGAAAGGUGGACACUGGUUACUUUAAAGGCUCCUCGCUGGACGGCUAUGCGAGGGUUGGAGACAGCAUUACCAUCACGGGUCAAGCAACGCCUGAGUUCAACUUCGGCGAUGAGACUCUUCGGCGGGAUCUUGUCAUCAAGGUCACUGCGAUCUCGGAGCAGGAGGACUGGGUCAUGGGCGAGCUUGACAUAACACAUACAUACGCUACUCCAAACGACAACGGGAACCCCUGGUAUGCCAGUUUCACAGGUUGCUGCAGAUAUUUCCGGCUAUCAAACAACGCCGAUGCACCGUGGGAGUUGAUCACCACUGUCGACUUGACUGUAGCCAAGGAAUCUCCACGUGUGAACAUGCUCCCAGUUGUUACGUUGGCCUCUCAGUCUGUCGAUCCUACCAAGACGCAGCCUUACUUUCAAAUACCUGCGAUCUCCCCAGAUGGCAGCGACCUCUCCCUCAAGAUCAUCGAUGGCAAUGAUAACGGCAAUGCGAUCAAGUUCGAUCAGAGUGCCGUCGUGUCCCUACCCCUCAACCCUUUCCUGACUCAAGAUGCCAUGGACUGUUGCGAUGGGAAGGCCUCCAGUUGCCCUAAAUACAUCAAGAACAACUUUGGCGCAUCCCCAGGCUGUCUGGGAAGAUUGUUAAGAACCGACAACGUGUUACCAGCCUUGACUGUUGAAGGAUGGUUUUACUUCACCAGCGUCGGAGGGGGGGUCCUGUUCACAGCAAACGACACGAGCUGUCGGCAGAAUUGCGAGGGAUCUCUAUUAACUAUCGCGGUGGACCCUUACUCCGUUAUUGUUGGACACAAUGUUUGGGAUGCAACAAAGAAUGCUCUGCAGUUCCAAAACGUGACCUUUCGGUUCGCUAGCAACCCCAAUGUCGGGACGAAUAGCAUGCAGAAUAUGUUCGUGCAUAUUGCAGUUGUGCGCAAAACCAUUGUAAAUUGCUCUUCGGAAAACUGUGGAGACUGGUACUCUACGUACAAGGUUUACAUCAACGGACAUCUUCUUGGCAUCCGCGAUUAUCCGCGUUGCAUAUCGGGACAAUCUUGCUCGAUUGGGUUGCGAAAUCGCAACUGCCAAACAACUCCGGCAACAUGCUCAGCCGAGUUAACGAUUGGAGAGUCGAACCCAAUUGUUGGACCACGACGUGCGAGCGCCUUGACUGGCCCAGGAGCUUCGUGCAAGACUCUCUCAGGCUCAUCCAUGUAUUGUGCAGACAGCAUGGGAAGAAAUUCUAGCAUCAUCUUCGGCAGUGCAAGCACAAUAGGGGCGUAUGGACCCUUCGAAGGGUAUCUGGACGAGUGGCGCAUAUGGAAUGGUGAACGUUCUCAAUCCGACAUCAAAGCUUGGUAUCAGAUCAAGCUAGACCCAAGGACUUCGGACUUCAAUGGGGAUCCAACGGUCAUUCUGGACAUGUCGAUGCAACCUAUGCAAAUCAACAAGAACAAUUUCGACAAGAUGUCGUUGUUGUUGGCUUCCUACAGCUUUGACGCCAGGCUCGCUACCUCCUCUACGGGAGUCACAUGUCGCAUUCCUGGUUGUAGGUUCUUGAGCUUCAAAUCCACAUUCCCCGACAUCGGCAAGAUGGAUCAGAGCUGGAUUGCAGCGUGGACAGCUCCAGUGAGCCCUCAGACAGGAAACGUCGUGAUGGCUGAUAUUGACAACACGGGCUACGUGAAGCAAGGGUCGGUCGCGGUAUUGGAUCCGCAAGGAGGAUGCAUGUGUGGAUGUCCCUUCUUCGUGGGGAGCCGGUGCGCCAUUGGCUCCAGCUACAGCAUCCUCCCUGGACUAUACCAGGUCUCGAUCCAGGUCUCCAGCUCACUAGUCAAUGGUCCUAGCACUCCUGUCGACUUCAUGCUGAAUGUUCUUGCUUCCACCUACGACUCGGGGCACAUGCGGCUGCUCAACAAGGAUACAUUCUGGGUAAACCAGUACAUCCCGGACAGCGACAUUGUGGGAAGCUUCAGGACACUUCAGUUAGGAGGAGUAGUCGAGAUGGUCAGCCCCUCGCUCGUUGACGCUCGCUCGUUGCAGUCCUUCUUGUACCCGCAGAUUGUGCAGACUUAUGCGAACUUCGAAAUCAAAUUAACCUUUGUUGGAUCUGAUGUGCAAAAAGACAUCAACGGAAACAUCGACACGAAGAACACGCGGGUCUCCUUCACGCUCUCUCACGCACCUCCCGAAGCUCAAUUCUCUGUCGUGACGGGAAUGAACCCCGCACAUAUGGUAAUGACGUGGACCCCUUGCGAGAGCGAGUAUGGACUGAACAUCUUCUGCUUCAACGCUGUCGAUCAACACAUGAUCGGGACGGUCUGCAGCGGUGGAGCCCACGAGUAUUGCAACAGCGACCUCACCGCCAACUGCACCUCGGGAACUUGCAGCACGUACAACCAGUAUGACACGUCAGCAUCGUCCAGAAUGAAGUGCGCGCGAGUCAACGUGGUUCAAGAUCCGGCACCCUACUUUGUGAGCAUGGUCCCGUCAUACAAGGAGUUCAUCGCCGGCAAGGAAGACGGCCUCAUCGUCUCAGGACAAGAUGACAACUGCUUGGACUCUGUGAGGAUAGAGAUCGAACCCUCCACCCCUCUCCCACCCGGUGCCAUGUUCGGCCCCCAAGAGAGAGUCUCGCUAGGAGUGGGCAAGGACUGUAACGGAGUGCAGCGAGUGUUCAAGUGGAAGCCGGACGUGAAGACAGGAGGCUACAACCGAACGACCUGCUUCCGCAUCGUAGACACUGGGGGCGACUCUUUGUGCAGGCCGCAGGCACCUCAGAGCGCUGUCACCUGCAUCCUCAUUCAUGUUUUGCGGUGCAAAUACGCCCUCCAGCAGAACCAGCGGCUCCUCGACAUCGCGAGCUCCUUCGGCAUCAGCUGGAUGCAGCUGUGGAGUGCUAACUUGGACCUCCACCAUCCCGACUACAUCCUCUACCGAUCGCAGGUGCUGCAGCUGGGGCACCUCUACCACGUCAAGGGGACGGAGACCAAGGAUGGGCUGGUGGCGCGAUUCGGCAUGAACCUGCAGCUGCUCCAUGAGCUCAACUACGAUCUCAUGUCGUCCAGCAGCCUCAGCGCUGGCUCCCUGGUUUGCGUCAUUCCCAACUCCUGCACCGGGAUGGCGUCGACUGUGUACCAGGGAAGCACACAGAAUGGGAACUCCCUCUCCUUCCCAUCUUCGUGGGUCUGA